CUGAGUCUGAGACAGGAGUCCUGUUCACCCUGUGUGGCCCUCUGCUGCUCCAGCCAGGAGCGAUGUCCACAGCCCUCCGCGCGCUCUUCUCUGCGUCCCGGACAGCCCCGCUGUCAGCCGGCCCGGCUGUCGUGCGUCCCUUCAGCGUGUCGGUCCGGCGGGACGGGUACAAAUAUGUGAACGCCCAGGAGCUGCCCACAGACAUGAAGUCCAUCACAGACCGGGCAGCACAGACCCUGCUGUGGACGGAGCUUUUCAGGGGACUAGGGAUGACUAUGAGUUACCUGUUCAGGGAGCCGGCAACCAUUAAUUACCCAUUUGAGAAGGGCCCGCUGUCACCUCGUUUCCGCGGGGAGCACGCGCUGCGCAGGUAUCCCUCCGGGGAGGAGCGCUGCAUUGCCUGCAAGCUGUGUGAGGCCGUCUGCCCUGCCCAGGCCAUCACUAUCGAGGCAGAGCCGCGCGCUGACGGCAGCAGGCGGACAACACGAUACGACAUCGACAUGACCAAAUGUAUCUACUGCGGCUUCUGCCAGGAAGCGUGUCCGGUGGACGCCAUUGUAGAGGGUCCCAACUUUGAGUUCUCCACAGAGACACACGAGGAACUUCUGUAUAUCAAGGAGAAGCUGCUCACCAGUGGAGACAAGUGGGAGGCGGAAAUUGCCGCUAACAUACAGGCUGAUUACCUGUACAGAUAGACGAGCCAGCAAACUUCUGGAAGGUGGCGCACCUCUUGAGGCCGAGCAGCCACCUUGCGCUCUGAGAGGACUGUGGUUGGUUCUGCAGCUCACUCUGUGACUGUGACUAGACGUCGGGAGCUCCAUCCAGUUUACCGACGCCACGCACGUACACGGCAGCAUUCGCCUUCAUACAGACUUCAUCACAGGAUGCGCACCGGCUCUCGCACCAACCGCUCCGUUAAAUGUGUGUUGCAGUAUCUGUGCAUUCAGCAUCUGUCAGUUGCUCAAGGUGUGCUGCACCACCGUCCGCACUCUCACUCUGCUCUCGUUCUCACAAGUUUUUACCUGUUCCUUCAGUCAGCUGUAGUGUCGUUUUUCACAGUCGGCUCUUAUCCCUUGUGCUCACCUGUGCAAGCGCAUCUGCGGACCCUGCGUGAAGAAAUAAAAGAGC